CUCUAUCUCUGUUGAAUAAAUAAAUAAAAAUCUUAAAAAAAAAAAAAAGAGAAGAGAAUGAAAAUCAGUAAAUACAGAAUUGCCACAUUCGCAAAAUAAAAGAGGCAAUGCUUAUGAUCAUUUCAAAAGAUGCAUAAGAAUUAGGUAAAAGUCAAUAUCCGUUCCAGAUAAAAACUCUUAGCAAACCAGGAAGCAAAAGGAGUCUACAUAAUCUGAUACAGUUAUCUACAAUAAACCUAUAGCAAACAUCAUACUUAAUGGAGAAAUGUUGAAAAUUUUUCCUCUGAGAUGGGGAAAUGAGAAAGCGAUGCCUUCUAUACAACAAACAGGGUCACGCUAACAUUUUAGAGUAAGACAGUGAUAUAUCGCAAGCUUUUCAAGGCAUUUAUCCUGUUGGAUGGGGGAGAAUGGGAAACGGAAACCAACAAAGAAGCAGUUAUAGAACAAUGAGAAUCUCUCUUCCACUUCACUCAUCCCUUUUUUUCUUCUUGAGGAUCAGAACCAGAGAAGAAGCAACAGCCUCUCAGAUCACCAAUCAGAUAUGUUGAUCAUUCAACUUUAGACCAAGAAGGGGCCUUGAAAUAUCAUCUCCUAUAACAACCCUGUCGAUUCACAAGAAAAGAACCAUGGUCCAGAGAGAUUAAAGGAGUUGCCCGAGAUCCUACUGCCACUUAGAUGCUAUUUUCCUCUCCGGUUGGUAAUGGGAGUCCCUUAGGUCCACGGCAAGCGGCCCCAGGUGCAGCAGCAACCUCGUUUCCCGGGGCGAAGGCUGUGGAGUAAGGCAUCACCCAUGCAGAGAGAGCAGGUCCAGCUUUUGCCCUGCUGACCUCACAAGCAGAAUGCUGGGCCUGGUCACACUUGAAUUGUGAUGUCAGGGAACAAAGCUGGGGGCAAUCUUCGAGGAGGGGGGGCCAACUUGAUAGGGAGAUCACAAAACAGCAGCCAAAGAGAAAGGGCAGCCAAGCCUCUAGCCCUCCCUGACAUGCAGAAAGUUUCACGGCCAGUCCAGGACCACAACCCAGCCCUGCAGCCCCCUGCCCAGCCCUCAAGACCUCCCCAAACUCAGCUCCUGAUGAGUAACAGCAGUCUCCGCACCUUCGAGGACCAAGUCCUCUGUCCCAUUUGCCUGGAGGUGUUCCGCAAUCCGGUCACCACCGCCUGCGGGCACAACUUCUGCAUGACCUGCCUCCAAGGUUUCUGGGACCACCAGGCUACCGUGGGCGAGACGCUCUACUGCCCCCAGUGCCGAGAGAGCUUCCCCUCCAGACCGCACCUCUGCAAGAAUGUCAUCCUGGAGGAGAUGGUGACCUGCUUCAGCCAGGCCAAGGGCCAGACCUUGGGAUCCUCCCGGGUCCUGGCCGGGCCCAGGGACGUGCCCUGCGACUUCUGUUCUCCGCAGAAGCUCAAGUCAGUCAAGUCCUGUCUGCAGUGCAUGGCCUCCCUGUGCGAGGAGCACCUGCGCAGCCACUUCGAGGACCAGGCGUUCCAGGACCACCAGCUGCUGGAGCCCGUGUGGGAUCUCAAGAGCCGCCUGUGCCGCAAGCACCGCAAGCUGCGGCGGCUGUACUGCCGCACGGAAGGCUGCUGCGUGUGCGGGACAUGUCUGCUGGAGGAGCACAAGAACCACGACACCAUCCCCCUGGAGGAGGAGCGCGCCCACAAGGAGGUGGAGGUUCGGAAGGUCCAGGCCAAUGUGGAAAACCAGAUGCUGAUCAUCAACUCUGACAGCCAGAAGCACCGGGGGCAGGUGGCCUUUCUCUCGAAACUGAUCCAGACAACACGUGAAGAGGUGAACACCUGCUUCUCAGAGAUCAUCCAGGAGGUCAAACAGCUGCAGAUGAAGGUCUUGGAUUUUGUGGAGAAAGAGGAGGCAGCGGCUCUGGGGAAGCUGGGCAGCUCCAUCCAGCAGAGCCACAACCGGCUUCUGAAGCUGGAGGGGGACAGCAUCUGGCUCCGCACCCUGCUCGCCAACAGGAGUGACCAGCAGUUUCUGCAGGAGUUCCCCAGGCUGAAGCACUUCCCCGCCUGCAUGGAACCCCUGAUGGGAACCAACUGCGAGGAGAAGCAGGCCUUCCUCCAGUUGCCAGAGACCCUGGCAGAGCUCCGCACCCGGCUGAUGGAUGUGGGUCUCAGCUUCAUCAAUCAGCUCCUUCUGAAGGGCAUUAAGAUGAACUCCUAUGAGGUGCUGCCCCCCGCUGUGGACAGGAAAACACUUCUCAAGUGUUACUGCAACCUGAACUUUGACCCCACCACGGCCAGCGAGGAGCUGUUCCUGUUCAAGGAGACCCACUCGGUGCUGAACCUGGGCAUCCUCCUGGAGCCCUUCGCCACCGGCGGCCCCUUCCCCGGCUUCAAGCAGUGGCCGCAGGUGCUUUGCUCGCGCGGCCUGUCCGAGGGCCGCCACUACUGGGAGGCCGACGUGUCCAACUCGUGGGUGUGCCUGGGCCUCACCUACCGCCGCAGCCCCCCGUUCGGCGGCCGCCCGCGCCGCAACAUCGUCUACCUGCUGGGCCGCAACCCCUAUUCGUGGUGCCUGGAGUGGGACUCGCUCAAGUUCUCCGUGUGGCACAACAACACGCAGACGGUGCUGCACGGCGGCUACCACCGCACGCUCGGCGUGGCGCUCGACUGCGGCGCCGGCUGCCUCUCCUUCUACGGCGUGGCGGGCGGCGUGAGCCUGCUCUACCGCUUCCUCGUCUCCUUCCUGGAGCCGCUCUACCCCGCAGUCAUGGUCAGCAGCGGCGCCUCGGUCACGCUCAAGCAGCGCCCGGGNGCCCCGGGGCGGAGGGGGAGGGAGGGCGGCGAGGCAGACCCCUCGGUUCCCGCAGCCGCAGGAGAAGGGCUCUGA